AUGUCCUUUGGAGCAGAGGCUGCUCAACUGUUCUGCGGCGGAGUCUCCAAGCUUAGAUACAACUCUGGAGGUGUUUGUGGACAGAAAGCGUGGCGUGGGAAUGCGUAUAGUGUUGAAUACGGAAUUGCAAGACUUGUCCCCAUACAUCUGGCUGGCGAGUUGUAUUCAAAACAUGUAAGGACUGGAACUUUAUCAAGGUGGUGCUGUGGCGGGAAGUUCCUUUUCCUUUUUUACUCGAUCUUGAGAUUUACAGGGUUUUGUGUACAAUAA